GAGCCGAAGAGAGCCCUACUCCCUCAUCCACAACAGUGCGCCCUCCCGCUGCCGCCGCUGGUUUGCUUUGCCACUCUUUCCUGCGUGCACACUCCAGAGUCCAGACAACACCGGCUGGCUCUCUCACCUGCUGCUGCCAAUAUCUCAAUGCCCACCAAACCUGAAGAUUCACCGCGCCAUCUCCCAAUGGCACUAGUAGCAUCCACCCCGUCUUGGUGAGUGUAGCCACCGGAGCCGGAGACUUCUCGAAAUAAGCUGAUGUCGCGUGGGACUCGGGCAUCAUGAAACAGAGUUGUAGUGUGUGACCUCCACUUUGGGCACCAACCAGCAAGUCCCCUUAAGUUGUUUUUCUCGCUCUGCCCUGGUAUGGGUAGGCCUAGAGGGAAGGCCAAGAAAUCGGCCGAUGAUGCGAGGGAUGAUGAUGACGGCGGCAGUGGCCGCGAGGGGACCGCUCCGACCGACCACCGGAGGAGCAGCAGUCCUCUGAAGCCUCUCAGGGACGACGGAGCCGACGAAGAAGCGGAUGACUUCGCCAAGGGCGCGGAGGCCGCAGACAGCGAGAAACCGGUCGUGCCAACCGAGGACGCCGACAGCACGGUUGGCGGUAAAGUUACUGACGGAGGCAUGAAGAGGCCGCGGCGGCGGCGGCGGCGGCGGAGGCAUCUGCAGGUGAAGCGAAGCUUUGAGUCUGUUUUGGACGUCGGCAACAACGACGGGGAUGACGUGAGGACGAAAUCGAACGGGUUCCGGCGGGACGGAAGCCGCCGGAAGAACUCCACUCCCCGGCGAGCAGCCGAGGCGGGAGUAGUGUGAGUGUGUGAUCGGUGGGUUUAGGAAGUGGGCAUUGAUAUGAUGUGCUACUGAUGUUGGUCAUUUACUUUUAUUUUACCACUACUAUACUCUACUAGCAGUAUUUAGAAUCUAGAUGCUUCUUGUCUGUAACUGAGCAUGAGUAUUUAGAGAUUAUGAUGAGCAUGUGCCAUCAUGGCUAGUUGUAUGUUAUUCCACUCGUUUUGGAUAACAAGGUGGUUGGGGGCA